AUGCACGGACACGGCUCACUCUCAAUGGAGCUACCACCAUGGGCGCCCUUCCUCGGCGUCGCGCUCGCCACCGUGCUCUUCCUCGAGGCCGUCUUCCGUCGCAGCCGUCAGGCAUACAACCUCCCGCCGGGCCCUAAACCGUGGCCGAUCAUCGGCAACCUGAACCUCAUGGGCGCGCUCCCGCACCGCUCCAUCCACGCGCUCUCCAAGAGGUACGGCCCUCUCAUGUACCUCCGGUUCGGAUCGUUCCCCGUCGUGAUCGGCUCGUCGGUUGAGAUGGCCAAGUUCUUCCUCAAGACCCACGACAUGGUGUUCCUCGACCGGCCCAAGAUGGCCGCCGGCAAGUACACGACGUACAACUACAGAGACAUGACCUGGUCCCCGUACGGCGCCUACUGGCGCCAGGCGCGCAAGGUGUGCCUCACCGAGCUCUUCAGCGCCAAGCGGCUCGAUUCAUAUGAGUACAUCCGGAGCGAGGAGAUGCGCGCGCUCCUGCGAGACCUGCACGAGGCCUCCCGGUCCCGGCGCGCCGUGGUGCUCAAGGACUACUUGUCCACCUUGAGCCUGAACGUGAUCACGCGCAUGGUGCUGGGCAAGAAGUACCUGCACAGGGAGGCAACGGACGAAGGGGGCUCCGGCUCCGCGACGACCCUGGCGGAGUUCAAGCGGAUGGUCGACGAGUGGUUCUUGCUCAACGGCGUGCUCAACAUCGGCGACUCCAUCCCGUGGCUGGACUGGAUGGACCUGCAGGGGUACAUCAAGAGGAUGAAGAAGCUGAGCAAGAUGUUUGAUCAGUUCCUCGAACAUGUCGUGGACGAGCACAACGACAGACGCCGAGUCGAGGGGGAGAGCUUCGUCUCCAAGGACAUGGUGGAUGUGCUACUCGAGAUAGCCAGAGACCCCAAUCUUGAGGUGCAGAUCGACCGGGAUAGCGUCAAGGCUUUCAUUCAGGACCUCCUCGUCGGCGGCACGGAGAGCUCGGCGGUCGCAGUCGAGUGGGCGAUCUCGGAGCUCCUGAAGAAGCCGGAGGUGUUGGCCAAGGCGACCGAGGAGCUGGACCGCGUGGUGGGGCGAGGCCGCUGGGUGACGGAGAAGGACAUCCCGAGCCUCCCCUACGUGGAGGCCAUCGUCAAGGAGACGCUGCGGCUGCAUCCGGUGGCGCCGAUGCUGACUCCCCGGCUGUCCCGCGAGGAGGCUUCCGUCGGUGGCUACGACAUCCCCGUCGGCACGCGCGUGUUCGUCAACGUGUGGUCCAUCGGCCGCGACCCGGCGGUGUGGACUGCGCCGGAGGAGUUCACGCCGGAGCGGUUCCUUGGCAGCAAGAUGGACGUCAAGGGGCAGGAUUUCGAGCUGCUGCCCUUCGGGUCCGGCCGGCGGAUGUGCCCCGGGUACAGCCUCGGGUUGAAGGUGAUUCAGGCGAGCCUCGCCAACCUGCUGCAUGGUUUCGCCUGGAGGCUCCCGGACGGCGUGGCGACGGACGAGCUCAGCAUGGAGGAGACCUUCGGUCUGUCGACGCCGCGCAAGUUCCCGCUAGAGGUCGUGUUAAAACCCAAGCUCCUCGAUCACCUCUACACAGCGGGUCAUCGAACCCAAUAA